AUGGCACCAUUUCAGAACUCCCUUCUUGUAGGCUUGGGCCUCGUUUGUGCUGCUCGUGGUGCUGAUAAUGUUCUGUCUCUAUCGCUGUCUGAGGAUGUCCCCUCCGACAUUUCUGCAACCGUCGACCCGUCAUUCGCCGGCUUCGGUAUCGAACUUGACCACCUCUACUACUUUAUGGGCGACGAAACUCCAAACGAUCUUACUAUCAACCUUCUGAACAACCUUGCCAACUUCACCGGCCGCCCGCCGCAUAUGAGAUUAGGUGGAAAUACACAAGACUAUCUGAUUUAUGACGACUCGCAAGACGAGUGGCUCAUUAAGCCAAACCCUCGACCAACCGCUCCGGGAAAUGUGCCAGCAGACAACUUUAUUGUCGGUCCCAAGUUCAUGGAGAUUGCCAAUCGGCUUCCGAAAGGCACGCCUGUGACUUGGGGUCUGAACCUUGGAUACGCGGAGUCAGACUACAUUGAGAAACUCACAACCAUGGCUACGCAAAUCAUUGAGCGAUGCACAAAUAUCAACCUGGUUUCAUUCGAAUUCGGCAAUGAGCCCGACCUUUACGGCGAUAACGGCUUCAGAAAAGGUUCAUGGACCGGUUCGGUAUACGCUCAGGAAUGGCUUGAUCGCGCCCGCGCCGUGUGGGAAGAGGUACUUCAACCACGUAAUUUACACAGCAACUUCUUUGAGGCUGCUGCUUCAACUGCUUGGGUCACCGGUACUGGGUUUGAGAUAGAAGACCUGGAAGCAGUCCUUGAUGUCAAGGCCAACAACUCCGACAAGGGGUUCCUCAACAGCUGGAACCAACACAACUAUUACUACUUUGUCGGGUCGAUGUCAUACCCUCUGACGUUGGACUACAUGAUGCAUUUUGACAACACCAAGGAACAAUUCAGCCCAAUCGAAGGUCAGCUUGAGCAAGCCAAGAACACGCCAUACCCAUUUGCUCUGAGAGAGAUGUCCGUAGUUGGGCCUCUUGGUGUUGAAGGAUUGAGCGACACAUUUGCUGCCGCCCUAUGGACCUUCAACUUCCUGUUUUACGCCGCAACACUCAACAUUUCUUCUGUCCAAUUUCACAUGACCUUUGACAGUAACGCCAGUGCUUGGCAGCCAACUCGGAUGUUCGGUCGUGAUCGCUUUGUUCGACCCCUUUACUACGGUAUGGCAGCCUUUGGGCAGGCUAUUGGCCGGUCUUGCACGGCUCGAGUUGCAGAGACCAAGGUCUCUAAUGCGCCUUCUGGAUACCAAGAAUACAUCAAAGCCUACUCGAUAUAUCAGAGUGAUGCGCUCUCCUCUGUUGUACUCAUCAAUGGCAAGCUGGCAAAUGCGUCCGAGGCUUCGAAGGGUAACAUCACUGUUGAUCUGACCCUCCCAUCUUCCCUGGCUGAUGAAACGUUGCACCUCGCAUAUCUCACCAGCGAUGGUGCUGACGCAACCCAUGGAACAACUUGGAACGGCAUCAGCUUUGAGCAAGACAACACCGGUAGCAUGAAACAAGUCUCCAACGAAGACAUAACGGUCAAGGUUGAGGCGGACGGCAAGGCAAGCAUUGUUCUACGAGACUCUGAGGCAGUCGUGGUCAAUGUUGGCGCCAGAGUAGGCACUUCGGAGCCGGAUCCAACAGCAUGCGACGCGCUUAGCUCCGCAUCACCUGGUGUGGGCACGGCGACUACCUCUACACCAGGACCGGCUGGUGAUUCUAGUAACUCGUCCGAUAACGGCACUGAUAACGCUGCAGCGAACUUAAUGCCGGGGAACGUAUUUUAUGGUUGCAUUACAUGGAGUUUAGCAUUUACUCUUGGGGUUCUGCUCUUCUAG